AUGGGUGAUAACUCCAUUGUUGCUAUUGUUGCUGCUGUCUCUACAAAUUUGUGUGUUUCUGAUUCUAUUCCAGGUACUGGCUCUAAUACUUGGAUAAUUGACAUUGGUGCUUUUGAUCAUAUGACUUAUGAUGCUAAAUUUUUUGAUGAGUUGUCUAGUAAUACCCGUGACCCAUACAUAACUAGUGCUAAUGGCUUGCCCUCUCCAAUUUUUGGUGAGGGCACAAUCUCUCUCACUCCUACUCUGUCCUUGUCUCAGGAUCUCAAGACUCACGACAUGAUUGGGCAUGGACACCCAUCAUUUGGCUACCUUAAGCGUUUGUUUCCAUCUUUAUUCCGCUCUUGUGAUGAGUCCAGUUUUAAGUGCGAGACAUGUAUUUUGGCCAAGAGUCAUCGCACUGUGUUUCCUUUGAGUGACAGUAAAGCUGCAAAGCCUUUUAAUUUAGUGCAUUAUGAUGUGUGGGGUCCGGCUUGCGUUACUUCUAACGGGUUUCGUUGGUUCGUCACAUUUAUUGAUGAUUGUACUCGACUCACUUGGGUUUUCUUGUUGAAAAAUAAACAUGAUGUUGCUUCCAUCCUUCUAGAGUUCUAUACUAUGGUGUCUACUCAGUUUCAUGCUCAGGUCAAAGUAUUCCGAACUGAUAACAGAGGUGAAUAUGUGAAUAACACUUUGGCAUCUUUCUUCCUUGCUCAAGGUAUUAUUCACCAAACGACAACCCCAUUUACUCCUCAGCAGAAUGAUGUGUCUGGGCAUGCUAUUUUCUCUGCUGCAUAUUUGAUUAAUCAUACUCCUAGCCGGGUUCUUGAUUUCAAGACUCCACAUGAUGUGUUUGGUGACCAUAUUUCCCCUAUCUCAAUCUCUAAGUUGCCCCCUAAAGUUCUUGGGUGUGUUUCCUAUGUUCAUUUCUACUCUCAUCAACGAAGUAAACUUGAUCCUGUGCUCUGUGAUGUGUCUUUAUUGGUUAUUCUUCUACUCAGAAAGGGGGAGAGGGGGAGUGAAUUGGAGAGUCUUGGAUUGGAGAAUGAUGUGUUUAAAGAUACUGCUCUCAGGAAGGAAACUACCUGUCGCACUGAAGCAAGUGAUCGGUUGCCCAUAAUUGAAGAUGAAACUUGUGGUCCUUAUGAAGAAACGAGUGAUCACCCUUUGGAACUCGACCAGUUGCCCAUAUCUGGAGAUGAAGCAGGUGCUUUCGGUGUCGAAACGACCGGUCACACUGAAGCAAGUACUAGUCGCCUUGUAGGUGUGCCAACUAAGCUGCAAGAUGCUUUAUCUAACCCCAAAUGGAUGGAUGCCAUGAAUGUUGAAAUGAAUGCCUUGAACAAGAAUAAAACAUGGGAUUUAGUUCCUUUGCCACGAUGGAAGAAAGCUCUUGAAUGCAUAUGGGUGUUUACUUUGAAGCAUAAAGCUAAUAGUUCCAUUGACCGUUACAAGGCUAGAUUGGUAGUAAAGGGUUAUACUCAGACCUAUGGCGUGGAUUAUUUGGAGACCUUUGUUCUACUGGCAAAGCUCAAUACUGUGCGUGUACUAUUGUCCCUGGCUGCUAACUGCGACUAG